AUGAAUGGUCGUGGUAAGGCAAAUGGAACCAUUGAAACCGAAUCGUUCGGUCAAUUCCUCUUCAAUAAGGAAAGAGGCACAUGCCUUGGUCGAACGGCGAAAUCAUGGGCACAAAUUUUGGGAUUCUAUCUCGUAUUCUAUUCGUUAUUGGCCGCCUUUUGGGUCGGAUGCCUCGCCAUAUUUCUUCGUACGUUGGAUGACAAAGUGCCACGUUACUAUGGAAAAGGAACUGUCAUUGGAUUAAAUCCAGGUGUUGGUUAUCAGCCAUGGCUGUUGGACGAUCCAGAUUCCACAUUAAUUCGAUUUAAUGUGAAAGAUAAGAGUUCAUACGAGAAAUAUGUGAAUAGACUGGAUGAUUACUUGUCGAAGUACAAAAAUCAAACUGCUACGCGAAUCUGUACGGGAACCCAGAGUAACGCUGACCUAGUCAAGGACGGAAGUGGUAAGGCGGCUCCUCUCGGCAGCAAGGACAUCAUUGAGUCGUGUCGCUUCGAACUAAGACCCUUCGAGGUGGAGGGCUGUGGAGAAGCAGAUGAUUAUGGAUUCAGAGAGGGUAAACCGUGUGUGGUGUUAUCACUGAAUCGAUUGAUCGGAUGGAAACCCAUCGAUUAUGCGAAGGAUUCGGUGCCUGAGGCUGUCAGGGGUCGGUACAAGCCGAACUUUGUCACUCUUCGCUGCGAUGGAACGAGUGAUCCAGACAAAGAGGCUCUUGGUACAGUGACCUACAUUCCCGAAGCUGGAAUCGAUGGAAGAUAUUAUCCUUAUGCUGUCAUGCCCAACUACCAUCAACCCAUUGUAAGACUUGUUCUGGUGGAAUGCCUGGCAUAUGCACAAAACAUUCAACAUGAUAUAACAUCCAAACUGGGAUUGGUCAAUUUCGAAUUGCUCGUAGAAGACACUGAACCAAGUACACCGAUUGAAAGUCGGUAA